CGUUAUUUUUGACGGAUCAAGUGUGAUGAUUUUAAUAUUCGCUGCUUUUCGAGCGUUUCCGAUGUAAAAUUGGUCCUUGUUAUGAUGGAAUCACUGUGCACGUAGGAAACAUGUUACGUUACUCGCAAAUGGACACACUUAUUCUGCCAAUGUGAUGUGAUUUUUAUCAUCUUAUGAGUAAACCGUGUAUUUUCAUGAGAAAUGGCGUCAAGUUACGGACAUAGUUCAAGAAACUCAUCGAGUAGUUCAGCUCACAGUUACAAAGGAUCCUCAAAUACACCAGAGAUUUUACCUGUUGGACAAUACAAUUCUAAGAAGGCCAAGCUUUGUGCUUCAAUACGAUGGUUAGUAUGUAAAGCAUACAGCAGCUCUACCAUACCACCAGACAUCAGAACACCAUUCUUCAAAGAUAAAGAGGGUGAGGAUCACCUUCGUCCAGCAGUCAUCUACCAGCUAUCAUCAGGAGAGUUGUACAGUCGAGCAUGUGCCAGUAUCUUCCCUCCCUCAGUUCAUCAAUGGCAGGGACAUUGGAGUGUCAUACAAGGACUAGCAAGACGAGGGAUUUACGUGACGGACGACAAACGGAUCCCAGUGACUGAAGCCGUCCUGACUCAGACGCAAAGAAUCAAAUUGAAUGCUCAUCUAGCUGUAAUGGAUGCCAUCAUGACGGCAUUCACUGGAGAAGUAGUCAAUAUAGAGAAGAUCGUGCAAGCUGUCAGGCGUAUUACGACCUUCAAUGCAUCCAGUGAGUUGCCCUUCGACCUCGAGAAUGCCCUGAUCUUCUGGGUGAAUAAAGUAUGUACAGCUGAGAUUUACCGGAUGGAAAGAGAACGACGGAGUCAGCAGGAACAGCAAUCACAGGCUCAAGUACAGAAGGUUCGUAUGAGACGUCAACAGCUUCAACCCAAGGAGCCUCCGUGUGUUCCAACCAUUAAGAAUGUUACUAAAGAUAUAUCAGAUGGUCGGUGUUUAUGUCUGCUGAUCCAUCAUUACUGUCCGCAUCUCUUCUCACUGGACGAUGUCGACCUUCGUGAAAGUGUCUCGUUUGCUGAAUCAGUCCACAACUUGGAGCAAAUAGAAGCGUUUUUGGAAAAGAAUCUUCCCGAUACGCACCAUUUCACGUUUGAGGACCUCUUAUAUUCCCCAGAGGUCCUAAGAGUCAACAUUCUCGCUCUCUUCUCUGAACUCUUUCAUUAUUUUGAGGUCGAGAGACCUCCACAUCUAGAUUACAAUCAGGAACAAGGACAAAAAGUUCCAGCCACACCCGAAGGAAGGUCGAGGGUACAGCAGCUACCUCCCCUGCCAAUCAGCUCAGCGACCAAGAAGAGUUUCCAAAGUGAGUCUCCGUAUGCAAGGUCUGAACUCCGCAGUGCUGCUAGUAACCCUGAGGUCAAUCGUAUCAACUCAGGAACUCCGCAGAGAUCCCACUCACUGCUAAUCCAGCGUGACAGAAAGCAAAGAGAAGGCGCCGUUUCUGACCAAGACGACCUUGCUAGUAUAAGACGGGCGAGCUCUCUGGAGAAUCUAGAAGCUAAACAGUCCAUACUGGCUUGGCAAGGUCAUGAUGAAUCCAGGGAUAGAUCGCAGUCUAUGAGAGACAGCAACACCAGCAGCCUUCUGGCAAAUGUCAGCAUUGACAGUGAUCUCAACGACAGCCAAAGCUUCUCAGAACUAAACUCUCUCUCCAAUCGAAAUGGACGCUUACCCAAAGUGAACGAUCACGACCAACAGUCAUCAUCUCACUUUGAGAACGAAGAUGACCUGGAGGUUGAGAGUUUGACGUCUGCGUUGUCUCGGAUCUCACAGCGGAGUGAGAAGCCGGUAGCCCGUAAAGUGAAUGAGGAGUUAGAACAAAGAGCAUCCACGGAGGAAAAUGGCCGUCUGACUGAUCCAGAGUUUACAGUGACGCCUCUGAGUAGUAUGUCGUCGAAGGAUAGUAGCGAUUGGAAUAGAAAUGGCCAAUCAGACUCGCGGCGAGGAAAUGGCAACCAUUCACUUUUGAGGAAUGAAACAUUCAGAACAGCCAAUAAUAGAGAGUUUGAGCAGUCUGUCGAGCAGGAGGUGCUAAACAGUUCUGUGACACCCUCCAGGAGACGUUUGAAACUUGAUAUUCAGCCGGUUGAAAUGAAACGGACUGAGAGACUCCUACCUGCUGUUGUCAAACCUCUUAAGGAGAAGUCAAACAGCAUAAAUAAGAAAGAAGAAAGCGGGGAGGGUCGGCGGACUGGCCGUAACCCUCGAGAGGACCACCAUGGGAGGUUGCCAGAUGCUAACGGAGGUGGCAUGACAACCUGGUCACAGAAGCAAGGAGGUCCGGAUCAGGAGUCGCCAGAAAGUCUCGAUGCUACAACCCCACUGAGUGGUGAGAGUAUUGCAGAUUCCCUUGCUGGGGAUUACGCACAGCAGCAGCAGCGUUUUGCCUGGCAGAAGCCAAGACCUGCCUUUGCACCACAGGGCAAUCCCACUCCUGACACCAACUCUCAAGAGCCGCAUGUCACUCAGGCUAAGCAUGGGGAAGCCUUCUUCAUCCACACUCACCUUCUUCAGCCUGAGCAAUCAGUAGACAGUAGUUCUCUUACUAGGACUGGUACCGGUAGUAGCUUUACUGUCUCUGACAAACAGCACACAGCAUCUACGGCUUUUGAAGCCGGCAUUCCAGUCGUCUCUUCUUUAGCUGAGCUUCAGGGGAUGGAGGAUGAGGACGAAGAAUCCUACAACCGCCAAGCAAGCCCCCGCCAUUCCUCCGCUCACCCUAACUUGCAUGCUGCACCUUCACAAAAUCCUAAUUCAGCUUCUCACCCUACCGAAAGGUUUUCAAGCAACCCACACCCCUAUCCUCAUUCUUCCCCAAGAACGCAUGAUCAAUCCAAUCCACAUGUGCAUGAAACCGCUUUCAAACCUAACGCUUUGCAUUCAGGUGGUGACGGGCACGGCAUAUCCUUUUCGGAUUCCCCAAGGGUGCCUAACGCAGGUAUGGUAACUUCCAAUGAUAACAUUCCCCAACCCUCAAGCAUGGAGACAGAGUCCUCUAAAUUGCAUGCAGACGAGACACAGAAGGAAUCAGGCGAUGGUGUCCCCAAACCAGUCUUAAUGACCUUUGACACCAACCUGAGCCCUAACAAAGUGUCAACCUCUAUCUCAGAACUAGAAUUAAAAUCUACCUCCUCACUUGCCAAUGCUGAUCAAGAUAAUCUCACUGAAGAAAAAGAGACUGAGAAAUUAGAGCCCUCCCUCCUGUUGGACACUAAUCUGACUAUUGACAAAUUAGAGCCUAGUGCGAUUCCUAAUAGCUCAUUAGUUAUGCAUUCAAAAGCAGACUUAACUCCUUCUAAUCAGCCAAUCAUAGUAGAGAACUCAUGCAUGCCAUUAGAUUCAGCCAAUCAUGAGCUUGACAACCAGGUGCUUACCACCUGGGGUGCUAACUCAAAACAAACUCCUUUGUGUGGCAUUAACACAGGUGGUGGGAACCCUAGCCAGCAUAACAAUCAGUCCGGCCUUGGCGAAUUCUCCCAACUCCGGGCCAAGCUGGAAGAGAAGCGACGCUUCAUGGACUCUGAUAAACGCAAGUUGGAGCGUCAGUGGAGUAAACAAAGGCAGCGUAUUGGAAAAGCUGCCUUCAUGCAGGUCCUAGCCAAUCAGAAGAAGCCGAGAGACAAUGCUAUUGAAGAUCAACCAAUCGCGGCUGAGGAAUUUCGUGGUGAAAAACCGAAAGACCUUUACUCGAGAGAAGAGAUCGAAAGUUCAAUCGCGAAAUCCAGAUUUAACCAUUCUCAACAAGAAGGCAAAAUAACCUUUGCCGAUCUCGGCUCGAAUAAAGAGAAACUUGUCCCAAGCCAAUCGGGAGACAGCCCCCGAAUUCAGAAGCCUGCUCCGACGCCCCAACCCGUUGAGGUUUUACCCCUUCGGCCUGAGUCGCCCCAGAGUAUCCCAGACAUUCCUACUGGUAAAGCCAGCCCGGGCUCAAGCUCGGGAUCACAUUCACCGCAUAUGACUUCAGAUGAGUACAACAACUCUCUAGAGAAACUCAACGCCAAUCUAUCCCAAUUGCAGAAUGAAAUCCAGAGGUUAUCGUUGCGUCAGGAGCAGAUGCGAAGCGUCAUGGAGUCUCCUCGACCCCCAAGUGAGCGAAGCAUCUCCCCACAACAAGCCCCUCCAGUAGACUCUAAGCCAUUCGUUUUACACUCCGGUAGUGAAGUGCCUCCUGAACCCUCUGGCUUUUACUUAUCACAAGCCGACAAAGAACCUGAAUCAUUCGUCCUUCAUGAGAAUCCCCUCUAUGAUAUGGCCGGAGCGGAGAUCCCAAGCCCUCGUCCCGCAGAUAUCCCAAGCCCUCGCCCCGCAGACGCCCAAAGCCCUCGUCCCGUUGGCCCAGUACAAAGGCUACCUCCCCAACAAGGGUUAGGAUCAAUCACAAGAUCCAUCGACCAAUCUCAAGUUAUAAAAUCUCCCUACCCGGCCAAUCAAGUCCCGUCCAAACAACCAGACAACACGUACAUCAUACCCCCAUCCCAACCAUCCCCAAUCAAAAACAACAUUGAAAUCUCAAAAAAUGACACCCCGCAGAAUCAAACCAAGAUCUUAGCAUCCACUCCGGCCAAUGAGCAGCCGCGAAAUGCCGACUCAUUGACCAAUCAGCAUCAACCACCCCUCCCAACUGUGGCAAGUUUAUCCAAUCAGAUGGCAGAAAUAUCCAAAAUUGAGAAAUCCCCUGACUCACCGGAUGCCCCCAAAGUACAAAAAAGGCAGAGGAAUCGUAAAGAUUCAAGUUCAUCGACGCAGAAGAAGCGAAACUCGGUUUAUGAUAUUGUCGGAGAGGGUGAAGAGGAUAACGACUAUAGUACAGACGAAGAGAAAAUGGUUGUCCGUCCGCUAGACCUGUCUGGAAAUAUCUCUCUUGAUGUAACGGACGAUUCUGAGCAGAAGGCAAAGGGAUUUGUGGUCGCUGCAGAAUCAGAUCAGGCGGAUGAAGUUGAGAAACGGAAGAUGCAGUUUCUUCAGAAUCGUCUCAAGAAGCAAGAAGAGGAGCGAGCUAAGAGGGCAUCGAGAGAGGCGGACAUGGAGAAGAAAAGAGAACAACAAAGGCGUAAGCAAGAUGAGAUGGAAGCCAAGAAGGCUGAAGAGAAAGCACGCAGGGAACAGAUCAGACUCAACUACCAGAAACGCAAACUACAGGAACAGCAAGAGAAUGAACCACCUGCCCCAGUGAGGCGGACGAAGUCAUCGUCAAAACCACGCCCUAAAUCUUGCGUUGUAGACGAUCAAACGGACUAUGCGCGGCCGGCAACAAGCCGCUACGGCCAUGACAAAGACAUCGCUGAAUACAAAAAAAAUGAGCCUGAGCCAACCACUUCACCACCCAAUCAGCAGACUGUCCCGCCCGAAACUAAAAAAGGCGCUGUUGGUACUAAAAUCCCAAAAGCGGUGAAGAAAUCCCCUCCUCAACCGUCUCCCGAAAAGGUUGCCAAGCAACCAACCCCCGAAUCCCCUAAGGUCAUUAAGGUCAAAGAGCCCAAUAGCCCGGAGCCCAAUGGUAAGAAGGAGAAACUGCCGCUUGUCAAAGGUCAUCUGGAGGAGAAGGUCACGGGGUCGUGUGCGGCCAGUGUCGUCUCGCUGGACAGUAGUGGCUCGGGAGGCGGUGGUGCAGCCGUGGACUACCAGGGUCCCAAGUUAUACGUGAAACCAACCACUAAGUCGAAUCGUCAUAUCAUCACAAACGCUAUCUCUCAUUGUGUGCUUGCUGGAGAGGUCAAUAAGGAUCAUAAAGAUAAAGUCUUAGAGGAGCUAGCCAAGGCUGAUGCUAAACAUUUCAUCAUCUUAUUCCGUGACGCCCAGCUCCAAUUCCGCUCAGUCUACAGCUACUCACCAGACACUGAGGAGCUUUGGAAACUCUUUGGUGUCGGUCCCAGACAUAUUACUCAAAAGAUGUAUGAGAAUCUAUACAAAUACAAUUCCGGAAGUAAACAGUUCAGCAAGAUUCCCUCCAAGACAAUGUCCGUAUCGGUCGAUGGUCUGACCAUCGGAUCUUCCUAUUGGCUGAGUAAAAAAGGACCGCCAAAGAAAAGAUGAGCCACUGACUUUGAUUGGUCAGACAGUUGCUGUAGUUUCAUUGUAGAUAUAUUUAAGGUAAUAGAAUAUUUAACUUGCAUCAGUCUCUCCAGGUGGAAUGGUUCAUUGUCAUAAAAAAAACUAUUAAGACAAACACCAUAAGCCAAAUUAUUCAUUAAGAAUAAAACUAGUAGGGGACCAGUCACUACCAGUGUAUUAAAUGAUGUUUUGACUGGUGACAAGUCAUUUUCUAAGCAAGAUUAUUUGUGCUAAGCAAACUUUUCUUAUGAUAAACUGCUCAUUGACCCACUGUCCAAUAUCACAAAAUUUGCUAAGCUGAUUUUUUUGUUAUCAAGUUUAGCUCGAAGCCAGUAAGAAUUAAAAGACUUUGUAAAGCAUCUUGACUUGGUAAACAGAUUCCAGUAAUUGUAUUGUGCUUGAUAACAUUUAGCCAUAAUUAUAUUGAUAUAUAUACACUGUUUGUUGAACCCUUUUUUCAUAAUUUUUUUCAAGCUUUUUUUUCCCAAAACUUUUCUUCUAUACAUUUUGAGGUAAUAUUUUUGAAAAUUUGUCGGAAAUGUGAAUAUCCAUCAGUCUUUCUGAAAGUGUUUGUGUUCAGAGGCUUCUAGAUCUUUCAGAUGCCACUUAAAAGUAUAAACUUUGCAUGGUGGCGAUACAGGGUGGGUUUGAUUUGCUUCCCUGGGUCGACCCCCGGUCUGCCCCCGGUACGUUCGAAUAGCUUUGACGUCAAUCCAAGGAAUCUCCUGGGUAAGCCCCAAGUGCCCUGCUUGUGGAACGGGUCACUUGGGGCUGGCUCGAGGUGCAUGACGUCACAUUUUCUGCUUAAACAGCUCAAUUCAUUGUGUUUAAAAGAAAAUUAUAUUGGUGGCAUUUUGUAGUCUGCAAUGAAGCAAACAUUGAAGCUGUUGUAUGCCGUAUCAAUUAUAAAACAAAAUAGUUGAAAACACACUGUAAGAACAAAUUCAUUGCAUUAAAACACAGUAAAAAGUUUCUCAAUACAAGGACAAGUUAUAUGAACAUUAUAAAUACAGAAACCAAAAUGUUCGAAGUUGUAAGCUCUAAACAAACAUUCAAAAAAUAAAGUUGAAGGCACACUUUAAAAAUAAUUUCAUUGUAUUAAACACAGUGGAAAGUUUCUCAGUAAAGGGACAAGUUGUAUGAAUAUAAAAAUUCAAAACAAAAUACUCCAGGUUGUUUCUGUGAGUUUUCUCAAAAAAAGAAAAGAAAUGCUUUGUUCAAGUGCCGUUUAGUAAAUUAACAUUAACAUAUAACUUACCAUAUAUCAUAAAACAUAAUACAUAUAUGCCAGUGCAAUGUUGUAUAGUUGUUGCAAAGUCGUAAUUGUUAUAUUAAACGGUAAACAGAUUGUUCAAAAUAAUAGCGAACUUUAAAACAUUUUAUAGUUUUCUGCUGCAGAAUUGUAAACAAGGUAUUGUACAAUCAAGUUAUUUGGUGUUUUGGAAGAAAACUUUGCCAAUUUAAAAAUAAAUUUAAUACAAAUGACAAGCAGUUUCUAAGUAUGUAAAACCAUUUGUAAUUCGGCUUAAUGUCUUCAGACGGCUAUGGCUAUGAUUGGAUUGCGGCUCAUUCAUGCAAGUGAGGUAUAAAUCCUCCUUAGCAACACCCUUAGCAACAGUCAUAGCCGUAGCCAUAAAUUUGGAUUCAGCCUGACUUAUCCUGACUUAUACUCUAUUGGUCAGGCUCCUGAUAGUUCUUGGUUAAUUGAACAGUAUAUGGCGGACGUGAUAGGAGUGUAAUGUUUGGUUUGGGUGUAUACACACAAAUUUACCCAAACCUUAUAGUGCUGUGUCUGCCAUAUCUAAAAAGGCUUAGAUUUGUAAGCAGUUAUCGGUCAGGCAUUAUGGUAGAUUCUAUAAACCAGCGUAAAAACCCUUCCCCGUUUUGGUAAUUUAUUUUGGCAUUAUUUAUGUGAAUUAUAAUCUUUAUUUGGUCUAAAGUAAUAUUUAUAACUUCAAUCAUUAAAAAGGGUAAUUUUGAAGGUCCCUCAAAGUUUGCUAUAAAACACAAGGUUUUUUAAAAUUAUGGUCAAUAAUAAUUGGAUGGUGUAUUAUAACUUCUCACAUAAAAGUCAGACCUUUAAUAGACAUUAUUGCAAAUACUCGUGGCGUGGAAUGAGUUGCAUGCUGGUCUAGCUUGAUCGCUAGCUAGACCAGCAUGCACUGCUUUUUUAAGAAAAGGUCAAUGGAUAAAAACAUAAAAGAAUAUUUUUUUUUUUACCAUAUAAUUUUACAGAGGCUGAUGAAGGUGUUGGCUUUUAGACUUAUGCAAGUCCUUUGAGAAUUUUUGUUUUUUUAGUUUGUUAUACAAUGACAACUUUUGUAUGUUGGUUUUAGAAGUUUCUGAUUUCUUUCAGCCAUUCUGUGCAUUGAAUCGGGGGCCUGCGAUUUUCAGAGAGCCAUAGAAAUAGAACCCGGAGAACGCUGAGCUCGACCGCCCAGUGGGUUGUCUAUGGACGCGGCAUAUCGCACCAGGUGACACGCGUGUAUGGCAAAAUGAUCGUGUACGGCAAUGCACAUAACCCGUUUCUACUUGUCUUUAUUGGUCAAUGUUCAUGACGCCUACUGUAUGGCAAAAUAAUAUCACUGACGGAUGUGUUUGGCAAAACAGUCAUGUAAUAUGCUAAUUGUGCCAUACACGCGCAACUACAAAUUUGGUCUCACAACGACAUCGCACGCACAAUGUCACAUUUGCUGUUCUCCGCAUUCUAUUUCUAUUCGUAGAUCAGAUAUUGAUGGCCUUGAUCUAGCAGUUGGGAUGAGAUUGCCUCUUUAAGGGUACCAAGUUCAAAGCUAGUAGAGUUUAAUGCAUUUCUUAUCACUAGCAAUGUUGAGAGGGCAUUUGCUCAAUUUGUAAAAAACUUUUUGAAAAUACUCCACAAAAUUGUGAAUUUUACUUUUAACAAAUGACACACCCAUGAUCUAUGAAAUGGUAUUGCCCAUCCAAUCAGCAUAGUUUUUGCUUUGUGCCACUGUGGAGUAUUUCAAUGUGUCUUUUUGUUAGGUUUCUUAUGUACUAAAAAUAAUGUUAGGGACAAUGUAAUCACACCAACUUCUCAAAGAAAUAGACACAAAUUGAAUUAGACAACAAUAAACGCGUUUAUUACAGUCAGUAGAAGUUGAUUGCAUCACAGAAUAUAAAGCAUAUAAGCACACAAAAAUUUGCUAAUCAAAAAUAGGUUACCAGACAGAAUAAAAUAUAGUUAAUAUUGCAACAAAUGGUACCCUGUUAGUUUCUUGCUUAGCAAAAUAACUUGCCAAGCAUAAUUUUCUGCUCAACAGCUGUAUGAAAAUGGGCCCUGGCAAAAAGUUGUUUUUUUGUGAAGCUGUCUUUUGGGAGGGGAUUCUGUUGUAUUAAAAUUACUCCAUUUAAUAUUUGAGUGUUGUUGAAUACCCUAUUAAGACCCAUGCUUAAAGAAAAUGCUUACAAGUUCAUAAGCUGGACUAUAUAUCAAGUCUGUUUUUAAAAUAUCAAAACAAAAUAUUGUGUAUUUGGUUAUUAAGUAAACAUAUAUUCCAUUUCCCAAAGAAAUUCUUUAAAAUAAUAGUAGUAACUUUGAAGGAAUUUUAAGUAUAACUUGUUAUGCUAAUUUAAAAUAUGUACAAUUGAGGAAAAGUGUUGUACCACCCAAUCAGUAAAUGGUAUCAGCUCAUAAAUAUGUAUGAGACAGCUAUUAUGAAUAUGUAUAACGUAUGUUAAUGCUAAAGUGUUUAAAAGAUGUUUGUGUGAAUAGUUCGAAGGAAACCAAAGUUUCAAUGAAAGAGGUAAAGCGUCAACAAAAAUGAAAAAUUGUUGUUGUGUUUACUUCUACUGUGGCUCUUAAAGUGUUUACUAUUUAUUUCUUUGUUUUCUUUUGGAGCUUUAAACAAAUUGCACAGAUUGCAGUUGUAUUUUUUAACUUUAUUAAAAUUGUAUUAAAAAUUGCCUAUAAAUUUAUUGCAAAUAUCAUUUCUAAAUUAUACAUUUUGUUCAGGGUUUUGAGUUCACUAAAGCAUUUGUAUAUAAAGCAAGCAAAAUGUGUAGGGUUAGAAAGAUAAAACGUACAAUAAAAAUACAUCGGCUUCAAAUUGAUUUAUGUAUAUACUUUGUUAUGGCUUGGCCAACUAAAUAAAAAAGUCUGUGAUAUUAAAGAA